AUGAGAGCCACGACGGCACAUCCGCUGUCCACUGCUGGCCGACCCAGCCUGCUUUCUGAGUCGUCCACCGAGCAGGAGCUCGCCACGGUCCUGCAUGGCCGUCUGCUGCACGCCCGGCUGGGUCAGAGGAGCCUCUGCACAGGGGCCCCGACGCGGGCCUCGGAGGAGGUUCGCCACGGAGGCGCGUGCCACGAGGCCCCUCGCCCUUGCCUCGAGGAAGCUCGCCGCGUCGGGCAUGAUUCGGAGCUGUUCCGAAGGCCAACAGCGGGCGGGGGAUUGGGUGAGCGUCUGGGCAAGGGAGGAUUUCCGGGGGCCGCGUGCAGGCCCGGGGGAGAGGAUAAGGGCGCAGAGGACGGCUUCUGCGGUCACUCGAAUAUUAUAGCUCGAUUUCUGCGCUUUGGGAGCAGUCUCCCACGGACCAUCGAAUAG